CAUUGACGGGGAGUGUGUGGUUCACGUCGACAAAACGACACAAAACCGGCUCGACUCUCGAAGAAGAAACUUAUAUUUUACUUAAUUUUGAGAGAAAAUGAAAUUAGCUCUGCAGUUAAUAUUCGCCCUGGUGGUAAUUGAAGCCACCGUCGCCGACGUCUUCCUUGAGGAUAAGUUCGCGGCCGAUACUUGGGAAAAGGACUGGGUCUAUUCGAAACACCCUGGAAAGGAAUUUGGAAAGUUCAAGCUCAGUUCGGGAAAAUUCUACAACGAUGAGGAGAAUGACAAAGGUAUCCAAACCUCUGAGGAUGCCCGUUUUUACGCCCUCUCCCGCAAGUUCAAGCCCUUCAGCAAUGAAGGCAAGCCCUUGGUCAUCCAGUUCACCGUCAAGCACGAGCAGAACAUUGACUGCGGCGGCGGCUAUGUCAAGGUCUUUGACUGCAAGUUGGAGCCUGCAGAAAUGCACGGCGACACUCCCUACGAAAUCAUGUUCGGCCCUGACAUUUGCGGUCCCGGCACCAAGAAGGUGCACGUCAUCUUCAGCUACCAGGGCAAGAACCACUUGAUUAACAAGGAAAUCAGAUGCAAGGACGAUGUCUACACUCACCUUUACACCCUGGUCGUCAAGCCUGACAACACUUAUGAGGUCCUAAUCGACAACGAAAAGGUCGAGGGCGGUGAACUCGAGGCUGACUGGAACUUCCUGCCUCCCAAGAAGAUCAAGGAUCCUGAAGCCAAGAAGCCUGAAGACUGGGACGAGCGCGCCACCAUUGAUGACCCCAACGACACCAAGCCCGAAGACUGGGAAAAGCCUGAGCACAUUCCGGACCCUGAGGCCAAGAAGCCCGAAGAUUGGGAUGAUGAGAUGGACGGUGAAUGGGAGCCCCCUAUGAUUGACAACCCUGAGUACAAGGGAGAAUGGAAGCCAAAACAGAUCGAUAACCCUGCAUACAAGGGAGUCUGGGUUCACCCUGAGAUCGACAACCCUGAGUACAAGCCUGACGCCAAUCUGUACAAGAGGGACGAAAUUUGCGGUAUUGGGUUCGACUUAUGGCAGGUCAAGUCUGGCACAAUCUUUGACAACGUUCUGAUCACCGACGAUCCCGAGUACGCCAAGAAAUACGCAGAAGACAUCUGGAAGCCACGCUUUGAGGGAGAAAAGAAGAUGAAGGAGGCUCAGGAUGAAGAGGAGCGCAAAAAGCGAGAGGCUGAAGCCAAGGAGGCUGCCGACAAGGCUGAUGACGAAGAUGAAGAUGAUGAUGACGACGACAAUGAUGUUGCCGAAGGUGACGCCCCUGAGACAGGCGAGGAGGGUAAAAAGAAGGGUGGUAAAAAAUCACCCAAAGACAAAAAGGAUUCUAAAGACAAUAAGGAUGGUGGCCACGAUGAGCUGUAAAUUGGGAAUGUGCUGAGUGAAUGAGUUUACAGUGCAGACGAGCCGUUUUGUAUGCACAGACUGAUAAUUCCCAAUAAUGAAACAAAGACUAUUGUGCGCCUGGUGAAAUGUUAUUUGAUUGAUUGAUUCACUGUUUUCUUUAUUUCAAGCUGCAAGUUUAUCAUUGUGUCAAAAUUAACGUUCUAUUUAUAUACCCGGUUUCGGGUAGAGAUUUUAGGCAGUCAGUUUCAAUUCAGAAUGUCUGGGUGGAUGUUUCUAAUGCGGCUACUUGUUUGUAGUAAAGCCAAGGUGAUCCCUUUGCCUUGGCGGUAUGUGGCAUUUCUGUUGACUUUUUGUAAUUCACUCAUAAUGACGAGGUACAACUAAGACACACAAAUUUUCCAUCAAGUGUCGCCGGAAACUUGAAUGUCAAAUUUUCAGCCUUUUAUUUGUGAUUGAGUGAAAAAAUCUGCAUAGAUAUUACAAAGUGUAAGGACAGGUGUUUGUGGAAACUUCCAAUAAAUUUUGUGUUUUCUCAA